AUGGAAGGGCCUAAAUACAAGUUACAAAGGAAGGAAAGGUACAGAGUCGAACAAAUGUUACAGAUGCAGCUCAUUCAUUGUUCAUCAGAGGGGUCUGAUAAUCAAUGGCGUACCAGAAGGAGUAUACUAUCAGCUAGAUACAGCAGCACCAGCAGCCAGGCGGAGAAAUCGACAAGUCACAGUAGCAGCAGUCAGGCGUACAGAUGCAGGCAGAUACAUAGAAAAUCCAAAGAAAGAAAAGAUGUUAGUACACUUGAGAGAAGACAAAAAUACUUGGGUUUUAAGGGAAGUAUCUAUACAUGGUGGAAUGGAAGAUCAGAGGAAGAUUGCAUUUUUAAGAGAUUAGACAGAUGCUUGGGUAAUAUGGAGUUCCAACAAACUUUUCCAGGUUUACAGGUGACUCACUUAUCCAAAACAGGGUCUGAUCACAGCCCUAUGUUGUUGAAAUAUGAUAUUGAAUCUCCUCCUAUCAAGAAGUCUUUUAGGUUUCUUAAUUUCUGGACUAAACAUCACACUUUCAAGGAAGUUGUAAAGGAAAAUUGGUCUGCAGAUUUUAGUGCUAGUCCUUUUACCUUAUUUAACUUCAAGUUAAAAAAGCUUAAGAAGGCAUUAUCAACUUGGAGUAGAGCUACUUAUGGGGAUAUAUUCCAAAAGAUUGCAAGUUUGGAGGAAGUUGUUUUGGUCCAUGAGAGACAGUUUGAAUGCAAUCCAAGUCAGAUGAAUAGACAAAGACUUCAGGAAGUUCAAGCAGAAAUGAUCAGAUAUCUUGCUUUAGAAGAGGAAUUCUGGAGGCAAAAAGCAGGCAUGAUGUGGUUUAAAGAUGGAGACAGGAACACUAAAUUCUUCCAUGCUCAAGUUAAUGGAAGGAGGAAAAGGUUGAGAUUGACAAGAAUUCAAAACAGUGAUGGAAAUUGGAUAGAGGAGGAGGAUCUAAUUGCAGAAGAAGCUGUGAAAUUCUACCAAGAUCAGUUCACUGAAGAUGCAGUUCCAACUACUUUUGACAUUCUCAAUCAUGUUCCUAAUAUGGUAGACAGUGAGCAGAAUGAAAAACUAAUGGCUAUACCAACUAAAGAGGAAGUGAAGAAAGCAGUAAUGGGACUAAGUGGUGAUUCAGCUGGGGGCCCUGAUGGAUACACAGGAGCAUUUUACCAAUCUUGUUGGGAUAUAAUUGAAGAUGAUUUG